UGAGUUAGAUGUUUGUAAGUGCAUAUUGUGCUCCGCUGUAUUAUGCACCCUCAUACAUGUGGGUUUCUUCUUCUACUAGUGAGUGCUGAAGUUUGGAGGUGCUAGAGCUUUGCUUGUGCUGCAACAAUUUUGUUGAAGACAACAACUCUAAGAAGUGGAAUGGGGAGUUUGGUUUAUAGACUAUUCUCUAGAAGGUAUUGCCAUUUUUCUUUUCCUGUGCCUUUGGAGAGGGCAAUUGACAAUUAUAUUGGAAGACUGUCCAUUCUGCCUGAAUUUGAUCGAGAGUUGGAAGCAAAACCUGAUAUCAAAGUUCCCAGUUUCUCUAGUGGUGGCUGUAUGGAGGUCAUGGCUGUCCCAAAGAAGAAGGUCUCUCCACCCAAAAGAGGCAUAAGAAAUGGACCAAAGGCUUUGAAACCUAUUCCAGUAAUAAUUCGCUGCAAGAGUUGUGGUCGGGUGAAGCUACCGCACUUCUACUGUUGUAGUGGGAUCAGGGGACAAGCAGGUGAACGGAGUGAUUCCACCAGUUAAGUUCUGUUGAAUAGCUGGGCUACAUGCAUGGUGAUGGUUAAUCAGUUUCAAUUUCUGAUUUUAAACUUGUGUCUAAAUUUGUCUGACCAAUUACUGUAUCUUCAAUUAACAUUUUGGCUUGGGCUUUAGCCAACAUUAUCAUUGAACUGCCGUUAAAUGUGAUCCCUAUUACCUUAGAGAAUUGGAUUAGUGUUCAUGUAGUCAGAACA